GAUUUCCACAUCAACCACAAUAUUGGAAUUGUCCAACCCUAGGUCCCUCACUUCACCGUCCCUUCAAACCACAUGGAGUCAUUCUCCAACAAGACAACGAUACACAUUCGCUUUGCACCACACACGUUCGUUCACAUCAGCGACAAUGGCUGAACCCAGCAUGCCCGAAAAACAUCCUUUUCUCCUUACCGCCAUCGAGGUCGAAGUCGCCUUCGAAACAUCCCUCGACAAAGGCUUGACGACAAGGCAGGUAGCCAACCUCCAAUCCACCCAUCCACCCAAUGAGCUGGAUGUCGGGGGCUCGGUGCCUUGGUACAGGCUAUUUGCCAAGCAGCUGUUCAAUGCAAUGAUCCUUGUUCUUCUCUCCGCAAUGGGCCUGUCAUUCGGCAUCAAAGACUACAUUGAAGGCGGCGUACUGGUCGCUGUCAUCUGCCUCAAUGUUGGGAUAGGAUUCUGGCAAGAGUUCAGAGCUGAGAAACGCAUGGACGCUCUUCGUGCCAUUUCCUCUCCCAGCGCCAUGGUCCUCAGAGACGGCAAUACCAAAGUCAUUCCCAACCCGGAAGUCGUCCCUGGAGAUAUUGUGCUUCUCAAAAUGGGUGACACGGUCCCCGCCGACAUGCGCAUCAUCGAAGCCAUGAACCUCGCCUGUGAAGAGGGUCAGCUGACAGGCGAGUCAAUCCCCGUCGAGAAGCAGACAACCAACGAGAUCACCGUCCCUGGCACAGCACAGCCUGCCGAAUCCGAACAGGACAUCGGCAUCGGCGACAGAAUCAACAUGGCAUACGCCACCACCGUUGUGACAAAAGGACGCGGCAAGGGCAUCGUUGUGGCCACCGGUAUGCAAACCGAAGUUGGCAAAAUUGCCGCCUCGACUUCCAAGAAGCAGCGCCAGCCGGGGCGAUCGAUGAACGUCACCAAGUACGGCAUGCGAGCCCCCGUUGUCGGAGGUGCUAAGCGCAUCUACGAUACAGUUGGAAAGUUCCUCGGCCUCACAGUGGGCACACCCCUCCAGAGGAAGCUCUCCAAGCUGGCGUACAUUCUCUUCUUCUGUGCCCUCGGGCUGGCCCUCGUGGUCUUUGGCGUUAACAAGUUCGACAUGACCAACCAGGUCAUCAUCUACGCUACCUCUCUGGGCAUCGCGAUCAUCCCAGAGUCGCUGGUUGCAGUCUUGACAAUCACCAUGGUUGUCGCGGUGACAGUGAUGCGCAAGGGCAAUGUGGUGGUCCGAGACCUGUCUGCGCUUGAAGCGCUCGGCGGCGUCACCAACAUCUGCUCUGACAAGACUGGCACGCUCACAGAAGGCGCCAUGAUUGUCCGUCAGGCCUGGGUACCAGGUAAGCACGUCUACACCGUCCGCGAUUCACACAACCCGAACAACCCCAACAAGGGAAGAGUCACGUACUCGAGCGUUUCCCAGGUGCCCGAGACUGACGCAAAGCGAGACUACGACAGCGAGCGUACGGCUGCCGCUGUCAAGUUUGACGUACCGGAUGAAAAGUUACCUGUCAUCUUCGAGGAGAUGGUGGAGCCUGAAGUCCAGAAUGGGGUCGAACUGACUGAUGCGCUUCGCGCCUUUUUGCUUUCUUCGGCGCUCUGCAACCUCGCCACUGUUCGCUACGACGCAGACGAGGAGAGGUGGCAAACCAUAGGAGAACCAACUGAGAUUGCCUUGCAGGUAUUUGCCUACCGAUUCAGUUGCGGGAAGAAGAGCCUCGAAGCACAAGGAUGGAAACAGGUCGCCGAGUUCCCAUUCGACAGCAGCAUCAAGCGCAUGUCCGUCAUCUAUGAUGCCCCUGACUCAGCCACUGGUUCUAUCAUUGAGCCGAACAGCAGCAUUGUCUUUGUCAAGGGCUCUGUGGAGCGUGUCCUCAAUCUCUGCGAAUACAUGGGCACUGGCGAUGAGCAAGUCGUCGUGACCGAGGAGGUCAAGGAACAAGUCCUCAAGCAGAUGCAACAUCUCGCCUCGCAAGGCCAGCGUGUCUUGGCCAUUGCUUACAAGCCAUACGGCGAACGAUACCACCCACACCAAGCCACUUCACCCGAAGAGGAGGCAGCUGUACGCGCCAACGUCGAGUCUGGUCUCACUCUGCUCGGUCUCGCAGGCAUCUACGAUCCUCCGCGUCGCGAGACAAAGGGCGCCAUUUCCGAGGCUUCCCAGGCGGGCAUCAAGAUUCACAUGCUCACAGGCGAUCACCCGGAGACUGCAAAGGCCAUUGCCAAGGAGGUCGGCAUCAUUCCCAAGAAUCUCGGUGUUCUGCCAGACCAUGUUGCUCGAUCAAUUGUGCAGAAGGCAACGGACUUUGACAAGAUGACCGAUGCCGAAAUCGACGCCCUGCCAGAGCUGCCACUUGUCAUUGCACGAUGCGCACCUGACACGAAGACCAGGAUGAUCGAGGCCCUGCGGCGAAGGGGCGCGUUCAUGGCCAUGACGGGCGAUGGCGUCAAUGAUGCCCCUUCUCUGUCCAGGGCAGAUGUUGGCAUCGCCAUGGGCUCUGGGUCUGAUGUCGCCAAGUCGGCAGCUAAGAUUGUUCUCACCGACGACAAGUUCAACUCCAUUGUCUCCGCCAUUCGAGAAGGACGACGCAUGUUUGACAAUAUUCAAAAGUUCGUACUCCACCUUCUCACGUCCAACGUGGGCGAGGUCAUCCUCCUCGUGGCAGGUCUUGGAUUCACAGACAGCUCCGGAACGUCUGUCUUCCCCAUUUCCCCCCUCCAGGUCAUCUGGAUCAACAUGGCCACGUCCUCGUUUCCUGCGUUUGGUCUGGGUCGCGAGCCAGCCGCGCAGGAUGUCAUGAGGAAGCCACCCCACGACAAAAAGCGCGGCGUUUUCACAAAGCAGGUGGUUGUGGACAUGAUGGUUUACGGUAUCAUGAUGGGGAUCUGUACCAUGGUCACGUUCUGCGUCAUUGUCUACGGUGCCUACGGGGGCGAACUUGGUCAUGGGUGCAACGAAGGGUACAACCCGUCAUGCGAUGCCGUGUUCAAGGCGCGCGCCGCCACGUUUGCGGAACUCACAUGGCUCAUCCUCAUCUCCGCUUGGGAGUUCAAGUCCUUGCGCCGCUCCAUGUUUCACCUCAAUCCUGAAUCCACGGGGCGAUUCGACUUCUUCAAGGAUAUUUACGCUAAUCAGUUCCUCUUCUGGUCUGUGAUCAUUGGAGUCUUGAGUGUCUUCCCCGUGGUGUACAUUCCCUACCUCAACAAGGACUUUUUCAAGCACAUGGGCAUCACCUGGGAGUGGGCCCUCGCGGUCGGUAUGGUGUUCGUCUUUGUGGGCGGCAUUGAGCUCUGGAAAUUCAUCAAGCGACGCUUCCACCUGCUUGAGGACCGUCCCGUCAACCGUGGUUCGUGGGGCCAGGGUGGGAGCGCGAGUGACGAGGAGUCCAGUCGGGUGAGGAGGACCAUGACCAUGUCAAGCUUCAAGACUUGGGCGUCUUUUGGACGGAAAGAUUCGACUGAGAGGAGUGGGCAGCCUGAGAUGGUCUGCCCACAGGCGAUUGCGCAACAGCAGCAAAUUGUUUGAAAUUCUGGCAGCAUCUUAGUGUUGGUAUAGGCCAGGAAGAUCGAGGUUUCAAGCUGAGUUUUGAGUUUGCAAUAAUAGAA